AAUACUGCAUAUCUAAGUUCUCGGCAUCACAAAUCUAAACUGUGGGUGUGUGAAUGUCACUGGCUGCAAAAAGAAUGAGUACCCCAGGCGUUCAACGUGUUUCAGAAUGUUUCGUGAAGCCACAUAGUCCCAUCCAAGAGUCAACUCAAAUAUGCAAUUUAACACCUUGGGAUGUUGCUAUGUUGUCUGCCCAUUAUAUCCAAAAGGGUCUCUUCUUCAAGAAGCCUACGCCACUUGUUAAUCAACAAGAUUUCAUAGAAAAUCUGUUGGACAGUCUCAAGACCUCUCUCUCUCACACUCUCUCCCUUUUCUAUCCAUUGUCUGGCCGCCUUGUCACCCACAAAACUCAAGACCCUCCCUCUUAUGUUGUUUCUGUUGAUUGCAACAACGCUGAUGGAGCAAGAUUCAUCUAUGCAACUUCGGAUAUCACAAUAUCUGACCUUCUUUCUCCCGUUCAUGUUCCACCCAUUCUUCACUCAUUCUUUGAUCACCACAAAGCAGUCAACCACGAUGGUCACACCAUGUCGCUGUUGACUAUCCAAGUCACUGAACUAGUGGAUGGUGUUUUCAUAGGUUGUUCCUUGAACCAUGCUAUUGGUGAUGGUGCUGCCUAUUGGAAUUUCUUCAAUACAUGGUCUCACAUCUUCCAAGCUCAAGCUCAAGCUCAAGGGAAUGAUUAUGAUGUUCCCGUUUUACACCAACCCAUUCACAAUCGCUGGUUUCCCAAUGAUUGUCUUCCACCUAUCAAUCUUCCUUUCAAACAUCAUGAGGAGUUUAUUAGCAGAUUUGAAGCACCCUUGCUGAGAGAGAGAAUCUUCCACUUUUCAGCGGAGUCAAUAGCGAAAUUGAAAGCAAAGGCGAACUCAGAGUCGAACACCACGAAAAUCUCUUCAUUCCAGUCACUAUCAGCACUGGUAUGGAGAUCCAUAACUCGUGCGCGGUCCGUGCCGUACGAGGAAAGAACAAGUUGCAAGAUGGCCAUCAACAAUCGGUCAAGAAUGGAACCGCCUCUGGCUGAGGAAUACUUUGGAAACUCAAUUCAUGCAGUGAGUGCAGAAACGACGACAGGGGAAUUGCUUGAGAAGGAUCUAGGAUGGGCAGCGUGGAAGUUGCACUUGGCUGUUGCAAACCAUAACAAUGGAGCGGUGCUGCAAUUUCUCCAAUACUGGUUACGAUCCCCUUUCGUAUAUCAAAUGGGUCGUUUCUUUGACCCCUUCUGUGUGAUGAUGGGUAGCUCGCCCAGGUUCAACGUGUAUGGGAAUGAAUUUGGAAUGGGAAAAGCAAUAGCUGUUAGAAGUGGUUAUGCCAACAAAUUUGAUGGGAAAGUAACAUCGUACCCAGGUCGUGAAGGAGGGGGAAGCAUUGAUUUGGAAGUGUGCCUUUUACCACACACAAUGAGCGCGCUCGAAUCAGAUGAGGAGUUCAUGAAUGCAGUUUCCAAGUCCAAUGUUGUCCACUAGUUUGCUAAUGUGCCAUGUUCUUGACUACGGGUCAUUAAUGAAAUGAGAUAAUGUGUAUUUCCCUUAACAGAGGUGAAAUAAUCAUGAGAAAUUACCCGAACAUGUAUAAUUAACAGAUUUUGAAACUGUUUUCAAAUUUUAUUUUCCUCAAAUGUGUACUCUGCAAACUUCUUUUUUCGAGCCUUUUUCCAUUUUUAUUCGUGAAGUUUUUUUAUUCAUAAUGUCCUUGAGUAGUCAGGUAAGGUACAAUUUUCUCAGUGUUAUUUUGUAUAUAAAAAUGUGUUUGCAACACAUUUUCUCGUAGGUAGUUGAUAAUUUUUGCA